UCAUAUUUUCAUUCAUUCGUUUAUAACCGCAGCUCGCGUUUGUUCGCUUAGUUCGCUUCCACAAUCUCUACCGAGUAUACGAGUAAUAACCUAGUCGCCGCGAAAAUGAUAUGAAUGACGUCACUUUGCCAAUUCAGUUGAAAAAUUGGAUUGUACCUGUAAGACUGAACGUUAGGCUGAUAGUGUUUAAUACAAGUGUUAGUUUUUUCUGCUGUUACAAAAAUGUCACAUCAAAACGGGAUGGACCAGGAAUGCUCUGCUUUCAUAUUGUACACGUAUGCACCGAAUCGCGACCAGUGGUACAACAACAUAGAGUAUGCCCGAUUCUGGAUCCAACAAUUAUGGAACCACAUCAAAUCUUUCAAUUCGGAUUGGAUUAAUAAAUACUUGGUUUAUUUUCAAAAAUAUUAUCAGGAAAUUAUAGCACCCGAACUAGCAACCAGCGCGUGGGAUCAUCUAAUUCAAGAUUAUUACGCUCAAAUAAAUAACUCCCAACAAGCUCAGCAGCGUUCAGAUCAAGAUCAACAGUUUUUUUACAAGAGUGAAGAAUUAAAGCAAUACCUGGGUUUCAUCAUGGAGAACCUAGAAGGCGCCCAUCUGUACGUUAGUAAGUUAAUUCACGAAUUAUAUAACACGGAACUGGGCAAUUGGAAAAGGAAUCAGCAAGCGCACGGAAAUGGAUACAAUUUGGAUUGUAGAUGUUUAGAUUUAAUACAAUCUUGGUGCAAAGACCUAGUCGAAAUAUUAUCGGAGAAUAAGAAGCAGUUCAAGGAAAUGAAGCUAGUGGCUGACACGAUUGCUCGAUAUAUUGGUGCAAUAGAAGUCGUUAAUAAUGUUAUCAUCGAAUUGGAUGGCCAAUUCACCAAAUUGACACAUUCUCUAAUGAAAAAUACUUUUGUACUGGAACUACAGCCACCCCAGGUGUUGAAAACAGGCCACAGAUUUUCAGCCAAGAUACGUUUAUUGAGUUUUGAGGGCAUAAAAAUGAGUUCUUUACGGGUCAAAGUGUCCAUCCUCAAUGCACAACAAGGUAAUAAACUGCAUACUCAAAACGAAAUUGAAAAAAAUGACGUCAGUGGGGUAAUUUUGAAUAAUACUGGAACGAUGAAAUACGACCAAGCCAAAAACGAAGUAUCUCUCACGUUUGAAAAAAUGCAAUUACAGAGUGUAAAACGAUCGGAAAAGACAGAUUUAGAAUCAGUGACGGACGAAAAAUUUACACUCAAUUUUACUACGGAAUUCGAGAUAGAAGGCGAAAGUGGAAACGAAACUGCAAAAGCCUACACUCUAUCAUUACCUGUAACGGUGGUUGUCCACGGCAACCAAGAACCUAAUGCCUGGGCCACCAUCUUUUGGGACAAUGCUUUUGCUGUGUAUCCUCGUGAACUUUUUACUGUACCAAAUGAAGUAAACUGGGGAAAAUUAGGUACCAUGCUAAACAUGAAGUUUGCAUCUGUCACCGGUAAAGGAUUAUCAGCCAAUAACUUGAAGUACUUGGCUGAAAAAUUACUUGGGGUUCAAGGUAACGGCACUGAUGACUACAAUUCGAUGACAAUCUCCUGGAAAAAGUUCUACAAGGAGAAGUCAGUGAUAUUAUUAGAAAACGGAAAGCACAAGUUGAUCACGUUUUGGGAAUGGCUUUAUGCCAUCAUGAAACUGACCAAAGAUCACUUGGAACCGUUUUGGAAAGCUGGGAGAAUUCAUGGAUUUUUGGAUAAAAACCAAGUCGAAGGCAUGCUUAAAACGUGCCCCAAUGGUACAUUCGUGUUGAGGUAUUCCAAUUCUGUUUUAGGGGCGGUACACGUUGCCUGGGUCGGAAAAGAUACUAAUGGGCAGAAACAGGUCACAAUGGUGAAUCCCUUUAAGUCUAAAGAUCUUGAAAUUCGUUCGCUAUCUGAUAUAUUAGGGAAUAUGGGAUACUUAACUCACCUGUAUCCUAAUAUACCGAAAUGCGAAGCAUUCAAUUGUACGCCAGCUCCUGAUUUACCUAUCAAAACCCCCCAAGGCUACUGGGGGUUUGAUGUAAUAAUUCGCGUUCGUGGUGUUUCAUCUACACCACCGCAAAGCCCACACAGUCUUUCGCCAACACCUGCGCAAUUGGUGGAAAAUCUAGGGUCAAGUACUUGGCCAGAAGUUGAACCGUCGAACUCACACAUCGCCCCAUCAACGCAAUUGAUGUCCGAUUUUAUAUUCACAUCAACACUGUCACCAGAAUCAAAUAUUAGUGCUGGUGUUUGGAAUUGCACUGAUAAUAACGUCAUGGAUGUCUCGGACGAAACCGGAAUAGAAGAUGGUACUGUAAUGCAACCACCCCUCCACUUUGCGCCAAAUCAUUUCGACUGCUAGGUAGUUGCACCAGCCAGAGACACUCAUAAGUGCACCGCGAUCAGAAAAAUCUUCAUACAGCGAUUCUUCUAGCGACUAAACCGGCGCUACUAAUCAGUUGAACAGAAGCUAUUAACAACCCGUAAUCCCUACCUAUAUGAGGGAGGUAGCAGGUACAUACGAGGUGUGAUCAACUAGUUCUUGGACAAUUGCUCCUAUGUCGCGACUAUUAUAGUUAGGGAUUUGCGCGAGGUGGCAUUCGAUAGCUUAAUCCUUCCUCUUUCCAACGAGCUACUGGCGACCUUGUUUGGAUGUUUAGUUUACAGUUAUACAGGCGGUUGAAUGAGGCAGUGACAGUAUAGUUUUCGAUUUUUUUUUUUUCGUAGUAAACAUGGUGAUUUUCGAAGAACGCGCAAUUUUGUUUUUUGCUCAGGAAAUCUUUCACCCAGUGUCUUGAAAUGAUGAGAUUGGCUCCAUUGUGAUUCAGUGAUGAGGGCUACUGUCCAUUUUUGGUACCAGAAAUUCGCAAAAGGCCACGAUUUGAUUGCAGAUGAUGCCAUUAGGGGGUGACCUCAAAAUGCCCGCUCUCCAGAGCAAAUUUCUCGAGUAGGCACUUUAAUUCGUUCGAAUAGAUGUUUAACAAUUCGAGAAUCAUGUUCUUCCGUCAAUUUGAGCUAUGGGACAGUUCAAAAAAUUCUCAAAGACAAUUUAGAAACGACCAGGAUUUGCAUGAAAAUGGUUCCGCGGAAACACCUGUUUACAGAUGCGCGACCCCACACCCCACGAAUACGCGAAGUGCUUCGAAAAAUGGAUUGUACGAUGGAAGAAGGCGGUUGCAUCGGAGGGGGAGUAUUUUGAGGGUGAUCUUAAUGUAUCAGAUAAUGUAUCUCGUGAUAUUUUAGAAUAAAAACUAUUUUUUUGUGUGUUUAUAGUUGUUUUUAUAAAAAUCGAAAAACUUUCCUGAGGUGACCUAAUUAAAAGCUCAUUAGUUUGGGAACCACUGCAUGAAAUUGGUUCGUUAACCGCUUGUUGGAAAGAGGAAGGAUUAAGCUAUCGAAUGCCACCUCGCGCAAAUCCCUAACUAUAAUAGUCGCGACAUAGGAGCAAUUGUCCAAGAACUAGUUGAUCACACUUCGUAUACAGGGUGCCCAGAAAUAUCGUGAACUCCAAGCAGAUUCUUGUGGAUUUAUAAAUCUGCCAAAAUCCGUGUAAAAAGAACACAUCUAUUGACUAUUGAGACCGAAAAAGGAAAAUUUGAGGCUCGAAUUUUGAAGGAAAAAAAAUGAGGGGAGGUACUAAUGCUACGUUUAGGGAGGCGCUACUCAUUGACCUAGGGGGAUCACCGCGCCCCUGAUUAGGGUUUUCAAAAAAAUUACAAGAGUUUUCCGAAACAUUGGAAAUAUGUACUUUUGUAACUUCAGUGUGUCGAAACAUUUUUGUGUGCAUAUGUAAAUAAUACUGGUACGUUAAUUUCCAACUUUUGGAUGUUAUUUUUAAUGAUUCAUUCAGUUAUAAAUAUAAAUGAUUUCAUUGUUA